AUGGGCGCUCCUCUAGUUAUACGUUACAACUCAUAUCUCUCCUACGUUUUAACGGCUCACGUGACUGUUACGGGUCGUAUACUACGACUCGUACUAGGAAAGUCGUCCCUUGAUGUUUACGCGUUAAUCACCGCUCGGCGAUCCCAACGCCAAAAAAGGUCAGAUUUGAGUCAACUACGUCUACGUUAUGCCUGGAAUUCUAUUACGCGGCUUACAGGACCCAGAGACUCGUUAAACGCGCUCGUCUGCAUUACAGAUUCAAGACUUGGGUGUGAGGGACAUUUCGCUAAACUUCAGGGAAGACAACUGGGUAAGCUAACAGUUCGAAAUUCCGACUCCGGUGGCGAGACACAGGUCCCGGGUGCGCGAUUACAGGCGGCCCUUUUAUCAAGUUCAAGAAUUGUUCCUUAA